UCAGGGUCUGGAGAAGGGGGUGUCUGGAGGAGCCAUGUCGGGCCGGGAAGGUGGCAAAAAGAAGCCCCUGAAACAGCCCAAGAAGCAGGCCAAGGAAAUGGACGAGGAAGAUAAGGCUUUCAAGCAGAAACAAAAAGAGGAGCAGAAGAAACUCGAGGAGCUAAAAGCCAAGGCCGCGGGGAAGGGACCCCUGGCCACAGGUGGAAUUAAGAAAUCUGGCAAAAAGUAAGCUGUUCCUCAUAUCUGAGAUGAUGGUGACCCUCUUCCAUUCCUAUUUAAACAUCUGGAUUCCCUGCCAUAACAUCUUUGCCAUCUACAGCUAGAAUGAAGUGUUAUCCUGGAACCUGUUAAACAUCUGGAUCCCCUACUAUAACAUCAUUGCCACCUAUAGUUAAAAUGAAGUGUUAUCCUGGAGCCUGUUGUACAUUGUAGUAAACUUUUGUAAAAAAAAUAAUAAUAAUAAUAAUAAAAUAAA